AUGUUCCGCACUGUUCCCCGCAUGGCUGGAUUCGUGUUCCGCGAGAACCGUGUCCCUUACUACCAGCGCCUCUUCCAGCAGCACGAUGGCAAGCGUCAGUGGUGGAAGACUGAGCGUAGCAAGUACAUCAUGUACCCCUACCUUAUCUCCGUUUACGGUCUGGGCAUUGCCACCACCUAUGCCAUGUGCCGUAUGGUCCUUGGCCACAAGACCUGCGGUGUAUUUCUAUUUCGACAGACUUGUUGGUUUGAGAGGAAAUAUCACGAUGUUGUAUAUAAGAUCGGCCAGAGUAUCAAUGGAAGAGUUGGUCAGUCUAUUCAAAUGAUUCGUCGAGUUAUUCCAAAGGCUUGGCCAUGA